AUGAAUCAAAAACAAACCACAGUGAUGUUUUUCUUGUUAGCCUUAAUUUCAGCAUUGGUUUUCAGACAAUCUAAAGCAUUAGUGGGACAUGAAAAUUGUGAAACAACUGCCAUAGAUAACGUGCCGGGAUGUUAUGAUGCACUAAGAUUAGCAUCAGAUUCAGAUUUCAGAUGGCUAUCAAAAGAUUGUUGUCAAGCAGUGAGCACAUUUCUUGAUCCUUGCUUUUUAGUUUGUUAUCCUGGCAAAUCUUAUCCUAUUCAUUUCUUUCAAUCUGCUUGUUCUCUUAAGUUUCCUGGAUCAAAUUAA